CACACACACACACACACACACACACAGAGCACAGACUGGAACACAAUGGCAGGGGUUGUGGUGGCGAGCGAGAGCCUUGGGUCGCCGAUUCACGCUGUGGCGUUUGGACGAGCACUGGCAUCAGCAAACCUGGUCGCGGCGGCGUGUGGACAACAGAUUAUCGUGUACGAACUGACGUCGGCAGCGCCGGCGCCAUCGUCAUCGUCUUCCUCGUUUGCAUUCGAGGAGAAGAACCGCAUCGUGUGCUCGACUACCAUCACACACCUGUGCUGGUCGCCAAUGGACAAUGCCAUUUGCGCCACGGGGACAGACUUCAGCCUACGCCGCUUCGACGUCAAGCACACGCCACAUCAGCCUCACAACCGCGCCACAGCGGAGGGCGCCACGUGGGUCGAGACCUUUUGCGUACCCGCACAUGCACAGCCAGUGAACGACUGCCAGUUCAAUGCAAACGGGUCGCUCAUCGCCACAUGCAGUGACGAUGGCACUGUUCGCAUCCAUCACGGCCAAACAGGCCGCGCCCUCUCCACGUAUGAUCUCCUGCAUCCCAUCACCCGAGUUCUGUGGCACAGAGGCCGCGACGAGAGCAACAGGUUCAUGGUGGCAGACACACGCGGGCGGAUCCGCAUCUACGCAUACGGCAGUGGCGACAACAGAGCCAUCAUGACACUCUUCACACAAGAACCCUUGGCAGACCUUCACUGGCAGCUGCUGGAUGACUCCAAGGUCGCAGCCAUCACCGACACAAAGUGGUACACGUUCAACACACAAUUAUCAUCGCUUCCUCAAGCGCACGGCGCCCUCGACUCACCGGGCUGCUCCAUCGCAUGGUCACCACGCGACACGGGCGUGCUGGCAAUCGGCAUGGCUGACCGCUUCAAGGUGAUCCGGCUGACCGCUGACGGCGAUCACGAUGUGUUGGCGGAGGAGCGGGGUGGGGCCACCGGCGUCUCGUUCCACUCCGCCAUCAACGCGUGUGUCGUCUCCAUGGGCGCCACGCUGCUCCUCUUCGCGUUCUGAUGUUCUUGUUGUUCUUGUUGCUCUUGUCGUUCUUGUCGUUCUUGUUGUUCUUGUUCUUGUUGCUUGUGUCUGUGUGUCUGUUUCUCUGCGUGUCUGUGUCUGGUCAUGUGGACACGUUGAUGCGUGUGACGUCGCAUUUGCAUUGUACUUCUUGUAUGAACAGAGUAGAAACGCCAUAUACCGACAUGAAAGCUAC